AAGUGCUUGUUGGCAGCCAAACAACUUCGUACUGAGAAACACGAAUCUGAAUUCUGAAACCCAAAGAUUAAAAGGAUUUCUUCGUACUUUGAUAAAGGUUGGAGCUCCACGCGAUGGCCGGUGCGUUGAAACCAUGCGCGCAUCUGAUCGUUCUGGGCAUUAUUGUGUUCGGAAGUUUAUUUGCAUUUUCUAUUGGGAAAGAGGAAGCAACUAAGUUGGGAACGGUAAUUGGGAUAGACCUUGGUACAACUUAUUCUUGUGUUGGUGUUUAUAAGAAUGGACAUGUUGAAAUCAUCGCCAAUGACCAAGGGAACCGGAUCACCCCUUCAUGGGUUGCAUUCACUGAUGGCGAGAGAUUGAUCGGUGAGGCUGCUAAGAAUCAGGCAGCUGUCAAUCCCGAGAGGACCAUCUUUGAUGUCAAAAGACUUAUUGGAAGAAAGUUUGAUGACAAGGAGGUGCAGAAGGACAUGAAACUUGUUCCAUACAAGAUUGUGAACAAGGACGGAAAGCCCUACAUACAAGUCAAGAUCAAGGAUGGGGAGACUAAGGUCUUUAGUCCUGAGGAGAUCAGUGCUAUGAUUCUAACAAAGAUGAAGGAGACAGCCGAGGCAUUCCUUGGGAAGAAAAUUAAGGAUGCUGUUGUGACAGUUCCUGCUUACUUCAAUGAUGCCCAGAGGCAGGCUACCAAGGAUGCUGGUAUUAUUGCUGGACUGAACGUUGCAAGAAUUAUAAAUGAACCAACUGCGGCAGCCAUUGCCUACGGUUUGGACAAAAAGGGUGGUGAGAAGAACAUCCUUGUCUUUGACCUUGGUGGUGGGACAUUUGAUGUCAGUAUCUUGACAAUUGACAAUGGUGUUUUUGAGGUUCUUGCCACAAAUGGAGACACUCAUUUGGGAGGUGAGGACUUCGAUCAUAGAAUCAUGGACUAUUUCAUCAAAUUGAUCAAGAAGAAGCAUGGAAAGGACAUUAGCAAGGACUAUAGGGCUCUUGGGAAGCUGAGGAGAGAAAGUGAGCGUGCCAAGAGAGCCUUGAGCAGCCAGCAUCAGGUCCGUGUGGAGAUUGAAUCUCUCUUUGAUGGUGUGGAUUUCUCUGAACCACUUACCAGAGCUCGAUUCGAAGAGUUGAACAAUGAUCUGUUCAGAAAGACCAUGGGACCUGUUAAGAAGGCUAUGGAAGAUGCCGGAUUGGAGAAGCACCAGAUCGAUGAACUUGUCCUUGUUGGUGGAAGCACUAGAAUUCCAAAGGUUCAACAGCUUCUUAAGGACUAUUUUGAUGGUAAGGAGCCAAACAAGGGUGUGAACCCUGAUGAGGCUGUAGCUUACGGUGCUGCUGUACAAGGAGGCAUUUUGAGUGGAGAGGGUGGUGAUGAAACCAAAGAUAUCCUUCUCUUGGAUGUGGCCCCACUCACUCUUGGUAUCGAAACCGUUGGUGGAGUGAUGACAAAGUUGAUUCCUAGGAACACUGUUAUCCCAUCCAAAAAAUCUCAGGUCUUCACUACUUACCAGGAUCAGCAGACAACUGUCACAAUCCAGGUUUUUGAAGGGGAAAGGAGUCUCACAAAAGACUGCAGAUUGCUUGGGAAAUUUGAUUUGACUGGAAUUCCUCCAGCUCCAAGAGGAACGCCUCAGAUUGAAGUCACAUUUGAGGUCGAUGCCAAUGGUAUUCUAAACGUCAAAGCUGAAGAUAAGGCCUCGGGGCGUUCGGAGAAGAUCACAAUCACCAAUGACAAGGGUCGGCUGAGCCAGGAGGACAUCGACAGGAUGGUCCAGGAGGCUGAGGAGUUUGCCGAGGAAGACAGGAAGGUCAAGGAGAAGAUUGAUGCCCGAAACAGCCUGGAGACUUACAUUUACAACAUGAAGAACCAGAUAAAUGACAAGGACAAACUCGCGGACAAGUUGGAGUCUGAUGAGAAGGAGAAGAUUGAGACAGCAGUUAAAGAGGCACUGGAGUGGUUGGAUGACAAUCAGAAUGCUGAGAAAGAGGAUUAUGAGGAGAGGCUGAAAGAGGUGGAGGCUGUUUGCAACCCAAUUAUAACUGCUGUCUAUCAGAGGUCUGGUGGAGCCCCUGGCGGCGGAUCAGAUGGCGGAGAAGAUGAUGAUUCCCAUGAUGAACUCUAAUCUUUAGGUAAUAGGUAGUGCUAAGAGAAUUGAAGAAUAGGAUAAACAAGGUCUUUUCUAAUCCAAUUCUUUUUGGUUUCUGGUUUAGUAGGGCGGAAGGAAACAGUGGGGGGGGGGGAGAAGGUUACUCCCUUGCCCUUCCUUUCCUUCUGUUCGAUUUUCAGUUGGUGACAUGUAUAGAGAGAUCCUAUAAUAUUAGAAGAUUGGUCUUGUACUUCCCAUGUUGUGGGAAAUAAUACAUAAAAUUAAUUUUCUCGGCAAUCAAAGGAGAGGCAGUUGGUUUCAA